AUGCCGCCGAAACGCACCCACAACCCCGACGAGGCGCCUCCGUCGCUCAAGGACAAACUGCAGACGCUCCAGGGACCCAACGCGCGGGGCGUCCGUCGCAACGGCGGCGCGAGCAUCAUCAACGGCAGCAGCCUGAAGGAGGUCGACAAUGCCUCGACCAACAGCGGCCAUACGUCGGUCGACGUGAGCUCGUCGGGCAACAUCAAAUGGGCGGCCCAAGACUCGUCAGUCCUCCACGGCUACCGCCGAGCCUACCGCCUCGACUGCCCCUCGAGCUUCAAGAACCCGCUCAGCCACGUUGUGCUGAACCAAGGCAUCGGCAGAAUGUCCCCGACCAUGGCGCGACCCAAGUCGAAGCGACGCGUGCACAAGGACCAGCUGGGGCUGGCGGUCAAGAAGAGCUUCAACUCGCAGGCCGUGACCGAGAGUGACGUGAUAGUCGACUGGCUGUACAAGUCCAAACACCAAGGCAAGGAAUUCCGGGUACGAUUCGCCCCCCACAGGAAGUGA